AUGGCAAGUGAGGAAGAGAGUUUUCUUGUUUUAGUGCAUUGUUCUGGGAAAAUCAAAAGAAGCAAAAAAUAUGGUGUGAAGUUCACUGACAGAGAACCAUUGAGUGUGUUCAUCAGUUCAUCAAGCACUUUGUCAGAUGUAAAGAACAGCAUAUUACAGAAGCUUGGGGUAUUUAGGAGCAAGUGGGUGAAGAAGCUAUUCUACAAGAUUUCCAUCACAGUUGUCUCGACCGGUGUUGAGUAUGAUACAUUUGUACUAGCGGCUAAUGAAGAUAUUAGGGUUUUGUUUCAUUGUGUUAGGAGUUUUCCGGAGGUCAGAAUACACAAGUUGUAUGCGAAGUUGGAGGUUGGUGUCGAUAGUUCUGGGGCAUCAGCUCCAGUUCAUAGCUCGACUGCCGCGGGCGGUGCGUUUAGUUCGAUGCCUGUGGCCGGACCAUCUAUUCCGCAGGUCGCAUCCCCUUCCUUCGCAUAUGAUUUAGAUCAAACGGAGGCAGUUGGUUCUAUACCGUUGGAGAAUCCUGGGAUCUGGCACCAGGUAUUUGAGGUGGAUACCGGUGGUGGCAUGAUUCAUGAUGUUCAAGGCUUUGGGGAACCUGAUCAAGUAGAGAAUGCAAUGCGGGACGAUGACUCUGACCAGGAGCCUGUAGAUAUCAUUGGGAACAGCGAUGAUGACACAGGUGCCAAUCCACAUACACAACACGGGCCUUCAAGUUCUGGCACACAGCAAUACGCUCCACACUUCUCCACUCUAAACUUGGAGGCUCUGGAUUUGCAGAUUGGACAAUCAUUCCAGAAUAAAGAUGAAGCUGUUCUGAGUGUGAAGGACUAUAGCAUCCGUCAAGGUGUUGAGUACAGAGUCUUAGAAUCGGAUCAUCUGAAGUAUCAUGGAAAAUGCAAGGAGUUCGGCAAGGGUUGCAGUUGGUUGAUUCGCAUAUCGCUUCGGCACGAAAGGGCACUUGGGAGGGUGGAUGCUGCGGUUAUGGUAAAGGUCUUGCAACAAGCAACAGAAGCUGAUUAUGGGUUCAGGCCUAGUUACAGGAAGGUUUGGAUGGAAAAACAGAAGGCAGUAGCACAAAUAUAUGGAGAUUGGGAAGAGUCGUAUGCCGAGUUUCCACAUUGGAUGCUAGGGGUACAGUCGACCAUGGCUGGGACAGUCACCGUGUUGAAGACCUCUCCUGUUUGA